AUGGCAAGCGGGAAAAAAGUCACGGACCGCUUCUAUUUCUACGAGGAAUUAGGCCGAGGAGCAUAUGGGCAGGUUUACAGGGGUGUGGACUCUCUGUCCGGUCAAGUUGUAGCAAUUAAGCAGAUCUCCCUUACUGGCAUCCCGUCAGAUAGCCUUCAGACGGUGAUGGGAGAGAUUGACCUCCUAAAGACGUUGAACCACAGAAACAUCGUUAAAUACAUUGGUUCCUUCAAGUCGCGGACGCACUUGUACAUUAUUCUUGAAUAUAUGGAGAAUGGCUCGCUGGCCAGUAUCAUCAAGCCCAAUAAGUUUGGGACCUUUUCCGAGAGCCUUGCUGCAGUCUACAUAGCUCAAGUCUUGCAAGGUCUUCAGUACCUGCACGAGCAGGGCGUCGUUCACCGUGAUAUCAAAGGCGCCAACAUUCUGACAACUAAGGAUGUGGUCAAAGCAGCCCUGGACUUUUGCUGGCGUUGUUACCAGGGGCUGGUCAAAUUGGCAGACUUUGGUGUCGCAGCGAAAUUGGGCGAGCUAGAUGAGCGAAAGGACGAGCUGGCAGCGUCGGUGGUGGGCACGCCGUACUGGAUGGCGCCAGAGGUUAUAGAGAUGACCCAGGUGACAAGCAGCAGUGACAUCUGGUCGGUUGGCUGCUUGAUCAUUGAACUCCUGACAGGCUACCCACCGUACUUCGACAUGGUGCCCAUGUCGGCGAUGUUCAGGAUUGUGAAGGACCCCCAACCUCCCUUGCCCGAGAGCAUCACCCCGCUCCUGCGGGACUUUCUGUCCCUGUGCUUCCUUAAGGAUGCCAAGUUGCGACCGGAUGCAAAAACGCUUCUCCAGCACGAAUGGAUGCAGUAUAAUCGCCGCACCCUGCGGAUGAGCUGGCGCCGGGACAGGGGCCAGACCUUUCGCACGCUCGUUCAGAACCGCACGGCGGCGCGGCAAUCGCCAGAUGCACACGAACACAUUAGCAGCGUCGUCACGCGGAUGAUGGCCGCCGCGGACGAAGAGGUGUCUGGUGGCGACGCAGCGAAUGCAAACGGUUUGGAUAGCGUUUCGUCGGGGAUGCUUGGCCCGUUAGGUGCAGGUGCGGCGGUACCGCUUGACAGGGGCUCCCAGGAUCCGUCCGCAUUGGGAGCUGGCGGUGACGGACGGAUCAGCGGUAAUGAGGCUGGUGUUCCAGCUGCGGCGCCAGCCGGUGAAGAACCGACAACCGCGUUGCUGGCAACUGCACCACAGUACAGUGACUCAACAUCAGCGGCGGGCACGCCUGGGCGGUGCCGGGUGGAGUGCAGCCUGGUCCCCUCAUGGGUCUCAUCCAGAGGCUUCACGGCACGGCAGUUUGUGAUGGAGCAGGGGCGCAAGGAAGGCCCAAUCCACGCGACCUUGCGGGAUGGAUGGAUGGCGGCGGGCAGGCGUAUGAUACGUUGGGCCAUGUAUCACGGCCUGCAGGCGCAUGGCCUGGCGCAGACUCAAGUUCGAGACCUCGUCCAAAAGAUGAGGCCGGGCGCACGGCAAGAGCCGCUAACCUCCAGAGAACCCUUAACCGCAAGAGAAGGACCUGCAACCAGCGCUGCAAAAGCCAUUAAGGAACUCGAGCAGAUGAUCUCUGCGCCGGUGCCCCCUCCGCUCGCCUCACCCUCGGGCCCGUGGCAAGGGGUCGGGGAGGAGACCCAGCACCAGCCGGCGGAGGUGAAGGCCAUGUUCCUGAGUGAGGGCGGCGUCCUUGUCAUGAUGGAGGUGCUGGAUGCGGAUAACCAGAAGGCGGUGGAGGCGGUCCUUGACCUGCUCAUGGUGCUCAUCCGUGAAGAUGUACGCCUGCUGGAAAGUUUAUGCUUGGUAGGCUUAGUGCCGGCAGUUACACGAUACACGCAGCAGCCGUAUCCCGUCAGCCUUCGUCUUAAGGCAGCCGCGUUCGUGCACUCCCUAUGCUUCCAAGGAGACUCGACCUUGCAGUUAUUCAUUGCAGCCGGCGGCCUCCGGCAGCUUUGUUGGAUGGUGGCGGACAGCGUCGCUUCGGAGCCGUCGCCACUGAGCCACGUCGCUAUACAGUGCUUGCUGCAGUGGCCUGUCCUCCGGUGCUACAACACCCUGCCGCGCAACCAUGUCUGCCGCAUCCUGGCGCAAUGCGGCCUGGUGCCCCGGUUGUAUAAGCUACUGAAGGAGGCUAUCCUGAUGCGGAACAACUUGGUGCAACACCACGCUUCUCAGCCCGGUCGGGGCGCUGCCAACGCUGCGAACGGUGUUGGUGCCUCGGGGCCCCCGAAUGCAGCACAGCAGGCCGAUGGUGCUGCUGCUCAUGCUUCGGGGGCCCACCAUGUUCGGUCCGUUUCAACUGCACCCUUGCUAUCUGAGGGGCCAGCACGGAGGGGCCCAGAGCCAGGCGUCGUGCCGGGCACGCCUGCCGGGGGUGGUGCUGUUGCUGGGGUGCACCGCACGGCAACGGCACCGUUGCUUGCCGGCGCGGGGUCGGGCAACUUGGGGACGGCUGUGGAGACGCGAGGCGCUGGCGGCAUAGGUAUUCCUGGUGAAACGCUGACUUAUGAGCAGGUGCUGUACCUGAUGGACGAAACGGUUCGAUUGCUGGUGGUGCUGAGCAACGCCGAUGGCGCCGUGAAGAGCGCGAUGUGCACACGAGACAACCUGCUGCAGCACCUAGAUUGUCUGCGACGCCUGCAGCCGCCGCACCUGGUCCAGAUGCUUCACUGCAUGCGCAACCUCACGAGCGAUCCGGCGGUGCUGCCCGCUAUCAAGGACGCCGGUGCCAUUGCUUGCCUGGUCCCCAUGCUGGCGCAUGCUUCUGAUGGUUCCGCUGCAAGCAAUGCUGGCGCCGGUUCGGCCGCCACGGCCGGUGCAGCGUCCAGCGGAUCAGGGGCAUCUACGGGUCCAGGGACCAAUAUUCUGAACGCCGCUGGUGUACUGCCCAAGAGUGAGGUCCAAAUGGAGGCGCUGAAUGCACUGUAUAAUCUUUGCAUGUACAAUAAAAAGGUCCAUAUGGAAGCUGCGGCUUCAUCCAACAUUAUCCCGCAUCUCUGCUCGUUUGCCGCUCAAGCCCUUGCAGCAGCCGCGGCACAGUGGCCCACCGUCCGCGGAUUCGUUGUUCCUAUGCUACUGGGAAUGGUCUACUGCAGCGCCAAUACUCGCAUGAAGCUAUUCCAGAGCCACGGCCUUGAGAUCUUCCUACAGCUGCUAUCCAAUGAGGACAGCCGCAGCGUGCUGGGCGUGCUGCAAGCUCUGGACAGCUGGCUAGCGGAGGACCACAACCGUGUGGAGGCACGGCUGACGCAGCGGGACGCGGUUACGCACCUGGUGCAGUUAUACUCCAGGAGCUGCGCGGCGCAGGACAUGCAAUCCAAGCUUGAGACACUGCGGACCAUGCUGGGCCGGUCGUCGAAGCUCGCGGUGGCGCUCGCGAUGGGCGGCCUUGUGCCCUGGCUGCUGGCCAUGAUUCAGCACGCCGCGCCCAUCAACCGCGUCAAGAUUUUGGAUAUUGUCAGGAUACUGUACGAGCACUAUCCUCGGCCCAAGGAGUUUAUCAUGAUGUAUAAGAUUCAAGACAUCCUGGCCGCGCUGCUCAAGACACAUGGCCGGGAUGCAGAUGCCGUAAUUCAGCAGGCGCAGCGACUUUUGGCUGCCUUUGACAUUAACGUGCUCCUGAUUUCGUGGUUUUGCAGCCUUCGUGGUAAUGAGUUCUUCUGCGAGGUUGACGAGGAAUACAUAGAGGAUGACUUCAAUUUGUCGGGGCUUAGCUCGCAAGUGCCCUACUAUGAAUAUGCACUGGAUAUGAUACUGGAUAACGAGCCCCCCCACGAUGUGAUGCUCACGGACCAGCAGCACGAGCUGCUUGAGAGCGCAGCAGAGAUGCUGUAUGGGCUCAUACAUGCAAGGUAUAUUGUCACGGCCCGGGGGUUGGCGUGCAUGCUUGAGAAGUUCAAGAACUACGAAUUCGGCAGGUGCCCCCGCUUCUAUUGCGAGGGGCAGGCCUGUCUCCCGGUCGGCACGUCGGACGUGCCGGGGCAAUCAACUGUGAAAAUUUUCUGCCCGAAGUGCGAGGACAUUUUCUACCCGCGCUCCGAGUAUCAGUGCAGCAUUGACGGGGCGUACUUCGGUACGACUUUCCCACAUCUGCUACUUAUGACCUACCCUAUGUACAGGCCGCCCAAGAGCAUGGAGCAGUAUGUGCCGCGCAUUUUUGGCUUUAAGCUGCACCCCACGGCGUACGGCAAUCGAGAGCCGGCGAUGGCGCGAACUAACCAGCGGAGGAUAGCAGCACGGGAAGCAAAUCCGAAGGACGGUCAGCAAAAGCAAGAAGACGAUAGCUUGUAA